GGUCUCUGAGCUCGGCUCCCGGCUCCAGAGAGAAAGUGAGAGGUCGAAGUCUGAGGGGGCUCCGAGGCAAGGUUUGCCCAACCAUCGAACACCAUGGGAGUCGGCCCUUCCCUGGGGCUUCCGCCUGUAACUGGCCCCCAUCUUGUAGGCUGUGGAGAUGUGAUGGAAGGCGAGACUCGCCAGGGGAGCUUCUUCCGCCUCUUCUACCCCUGCCAAAAAACCGAGGGGGAGAUUGAGCAGCCCCUGUGGAUCCCCCGAUAUGAAUACUGCGUUGGCCUGGCUGACUUCCUGAACAUCAAUAAGCGCUGGGGGGGAAUGCUGGUGAAUGUAGCCAUGGGAUCCUGCCGCCUACCCAUCAGCUGGAAUGGCCACUUUAAACCACAGGACUCUGGCUACCCACUGAUCAUCUUCUCCCAUGGCUUGGGAGCCUUCAGGACCGUGUACUCAGCCUUCUGCAUGGAGCUGGCUUCUCGUGGCUUCGUGGUGGCCGUGCCAGAACACAGGGACAAUUCUGCCUCGGCCACCUACUUCUACAAGCAUACUACAGGGGAGAGCUGUCCCCAAGCUGGGUCACUGGAGGAGGAGUGGAUCGCCUACCGGAAGAUAGAGGAAGGGGAGAAAGAAUUCCGAAUUCGUAACCCCCAGGUGCAUCAGCGAGCUAAUGAAUGUGUUCAGGUGUUGAGGAUCCUGCAGGACAUUACCACGGGCCAGAGUGUCUCCAACAUCCUGCCUGGUGGGUUGGAUCUAAGGACUCUGAAGGGCAGCAUCGACUUAUCUAGGGUGGCAGUGAUGGGACACUCAUUUGGAGGGGCCACGGCCAUUCUAGCCAUGACGAAGGAUAUCCGUUUUCGGUGCGCGGUAGCUUUGGACGCCUGGAUGUUUCCUCUGGAACACAACUUCUACCCCAAGGCUCGGGGCCCCGUCUUCUUCAUCAACAGUGAGAACUUCCAGACAGCUGAGAGCAUCGGCCGAAUGAAGAAGAUCUGCGCCCACCACAGCCAGACCAAGAUUAUAACCAUCCUUGGUUCCGUUCAUCAGAGUCAAAGUGAUUUCACUUUUGUGACUGGAAAUCUGCUUGGUAAACUCUUCUCUACCAGAACGCGAGGGCAGCUGGACCCAUACAAGGGUCUGGAGAUUAUGGUACAGGCCAUGCUGGCGUUCCUGCAGAAACACCUUGAGCUGAAGGAAGAUUACGAUCAGUGGGACAGCCUCUUGGAAGGUGUUGGACCAUCUGUGGCCCCCGGGUCCCCACACCAUCUGAGCAGUCUCUGAAGACAUUGGCCAUCUGGUGAACAGUGACUUGAGCCAAAUUUCUCUUUCGGUUUGGGUGGGGUUGACCCAAAUUGCCAAAUUUAUGGGGCGUCCGUGGUCUCUUGUUAGAAAGCUUCCAACAGGACAGUUCUCAACAAGUGGAGAUAAUCAUGCUGAUUGAAGGGAUCGGGCACUUUGAUCUUUGACUUUUGUUGAUUUGAAAUUCACACUUAGAAGUUGGAGACCUGUCAGAGCCAGGCAGUGGACAGAUGUGAAAUCCAGAAGUCUGGUAACGUGAGACAGGCACAUGGAGCAGCUGGGUGGGAUGGGGCUCGGCCAGGGACCUCGAGCUUCAUCUCUAGCCAGCCACCCCACCCAGCUGUUAGAGUGACUUCUGUGCUUCCAGAUCAGAGUGGAGCUCUCGCUGAUUUGUAGCUCACGUCUGGAGAGGACUUGGAAGGAAAUCUAGAGAUUGUCUAGUCUGCCCUUCUACCCUAUGCAAAGAGUCCUUCUCCAACAUUCCAGCCUCUGCUUGAAUGCUUCCAAAGAUGGAGAGCUAAUUCACUGCUUGCUAAAGCAGACUGGGCCAUUUUUAGACAACUUCAGUGUUCAGGAAGCUUUUCCGUGUGUUAAAUUGAAAUGUUCCUUUUUGUAAUUUGCUUCCAUUCAUCGUAAUUCUCUCCUCUGGAGUCCCCAGUGUGGAUAGAAUCUUCUUUAUUCUCUGUGUCUCCAACAGAACUUGCUUUAGGCUAGCUGUUGAGAUGUCUAUACACAAAGGCCUUGAAUACUGGCCUGGCUGGCCUCUGAAAGUCCCUGAUUAUUCUCCUUCCAUGUUACCUGUGACCCAAGAACACUCAGUGGGGAUACAGUCACUGUAUCCAAAUCUGACCCCAAUUCAUAUGUUUGAGAACGCUGAUUUCUCCAACCACAAGCAAGAUUGCAGAGGUGCAUUUAGGGAGUUUCAGGGGUCAGCUAGUCCAUUCCCUUUGUUUUUGGAAAGAGCUUUCCUAAUCAGUGAACCUCAGACAAUUUCUGAUGGGCUCUCUCCUGUUUUUAAUGCCCCGAGAGAAGGAAAUUGAUCACUUCUCCAGGUGGCUCCUUUCCCGGGGACUUGUCCCAUCUCCUUAACCCCUGAGAUGCCACUUACUAGCCAGGUGACACCAGCAAGCCACUUCAUGUCCCUCUGCUUCAUUGUCUCAUCUGCAAAGUGAGGGUAUUGGACUCGAUGACCUCUAAGGUCCUUUUCAGUUCUAAAUCUAUAAUCUGUGCCUUUGUUCCUCUCCAAAGACAUUUGAUGAAAUUGGAGCACUUUAAUUUCUGGACUGUGAUCCCCUUUAUGGGGAUGGACCAUACCUUAUACUUAAUCUGCACAAUAGUGAGCACAACGCUGGGCACAUAGUUGCUGAAUGAGUGGACCCCGGGCCACGUUGUUCCUGGGGGGACAGAGAAAGGAACUGAAGUCGGGGGUGUUUGGUGUUUCAGUGCUCUGGGACUCUCCAGGGCUUUGUCAAUAACAACCUCAGCUGGAAAUCAACAGGAGGAGGGUGAGUCCAGGACAAGAACAAUAGUGGUCUUAUUAGGCGUCCCCUUGUACCAGCCACUGUUAACAGAGGCCAGUUCACUUGGCUCUCUGGAAGAGCCUGGGGAGCAACCUGUGUUACCAUUAGAUUCGGAGGGGUCGGGGCCUUGCUGGAAUGGGUUGCAAUUGACACUGAGGUGCCAUCUUACCCAAAAGUCCUUUUGGUCUCUGUUUUAAGGCUGUGAAAUAACUUGUAAGCCCAGACUCCAUUUUUCUACUGUGAUCUAUACCGUGCUUUGGUGUUUAUUGAUGGGAAAUCAUACUAAGAUGUAUUUGCCAAAUGAUAUAUAUUGUAAUAUUCACUUUCAAAUCUGCAUUAAACCAAGAUGGGAAACCAUCUGGACCUGGUUAUA